UCGAUGUUCGAAAACUGUAGAAGGUUAUCUUGUGGCAAGCCAAACGAUACUGACGAAUAAUCACGGCAUUAUGCUCCCUAAUCAAGCUCUGCCUAUUCAUGCCUGGAGCAUGGUAGAGGAAGGGCUAUCUACUGCGACCAUAUGCAUAUGGCAUGUACGAAAUUGUUUUCGAAAGCUUUUCCUUUGUCUCUGUUUCUGAUGGUCGACUCCGGCUCGCUCCUUUUCUUGGACAUGUUUUACUGCUCUAUACCUCCUGGAAGUGGGUGCAAAGCUCUGGGAUCUUUAAUUGUGUUCUUUGUUGGUUGUUCUUCUUCCUAUACUUUUCUUUCAUUCCUUCAUCAUUCCUAGUGCGAGAGGGUAUUGUUUUGAGACUUGUGGAGCUUGUGUACAUACAUAUGGGCGUAGUGGCUAGACAAGAACUCCUAAUUUGUAUACUCGGUAUGGCCCCGGACAAUUGCGUAAGAAAACGAUAGAAUCACGUGCCGUGUCGGGACGAUAAGGCGGUAGGGACCUUAUCUAAUCGCCCAUC